GCUGCCACCUAGAAAAUAAACUCGACUCCAAUUUAAAAUGAAAAUAAAUAAAGAUGGCGGCGACUUUGUAAACUUGACUUUUGACAAUUAGACAUUUGACAGCAAAUAAAUAAAUAAAUUAUUUGCAAUUGAAUUGUAUUGGAGUAAUUAAUUUUUGUAAAUUAAUUUUAAUUGACUUAUUAAUUGAGGAAUCAAUGUAUGGUACGAUGGGUGAUCACCAGGUCCAACCGGAAGUGAGACAGUGGUUUGAAGCUGUUGAUAGAGAUCGCAGUGGAAAAAUAAGUGCACUUGAAUUAAAAGCUGCACUAGCUAAUGGCCAGGGUGGUACUUUUUCUGAUACCGCUUGUAAUAUGAUGAUUGGAAUGUUUGACAAAGAGAAGACAGGAACAAUUGACUUAAAUGAAUUUCAAGCUCUGUACAAUUAUAUAAACGCCUGGUUGAGCGUUUUCCGUGGGUACGAUCGCGAUAACUCGGGCAGUAUUCAAGAAAGCGAAUUGUCAGCAGCUCUUACACAGAUGGGCUACAGAUUUACUCCCGAAUUUAUUCAGUAUUUAAUUAAAAAAAGUGAUUUUAAUGAUCACUCUAGUAUUACUGUCGAUCAGUUCAUCGUAUUGUGUGUGCAGAUACAAAAAUUUACUGAAGCAUUCCGUGCACGUGAUACUGAGCAAACAGGAGUCAUAACCAUUAGCUUUGAAGACUUUUUAACUGUGGCCUUAAGUUGUAAUGUUUAAUUUUUAAUUCCAUUUAAACUAAUUUUUUUUUUUUUGCACAUAGACUUAAUUAAUCGUCUGUAGAUUUUUUGUUUUCGUCCGUUGGC